AUGUCGCAGCCCGAGUAUCCCGGCUGGAAUCGGGACCUUCGCUGGAGCGACCAGGAGGAGGAGCCAGGACGCUUUUCCGAGGCCGUCUAUCCCAUGGGCAUCCACAACACUUGCCGAGGUGGCCAAUCGGCUAUGCUUCUAGUCCGCGAAGUGGCCAUGAUGGCAGUCAUGGACCGCUUGACGGACAAACCCGACUGGCAAGUCAAAGUCUUUGACGAAGCCAUCGCCGAGAAGUGGCGCCAGGAAGCCCUCGCUUCGGCCGAGCCCGACAAUGUCUUGAGCCGGGAGUGUGUUGAAUAUUGCAUCCUUGAAUUGCGCCACAAAGCCCACCACUUCAAGCGCACCGGCAUCACCCCCACCCUAGACGCGACCUUCAGCAUUGCCAAGUCAGAUGUCCUCGUGCCUCUCGAGCUGCACUCUGCUCUGCGUGGUGCCUUUUUCCAACUCCAGACCGACCAGUCGUCCAACCCGGAUUGGCAUCCCAACACGAAUAACAAAGUCCAGGAUCUUGUGCAUCCAUCCAUGUACCCACUUGUCUAUGGCCGCUCGCGCUUCUUCGCCGACGAGGUGGUUGGAGUUGACAAUGCAAUUUACAAGUUUGCCGGCAAGGGUGAGGUAAUCCCUCGGCGCCCCGAGUGGGGUGGCGAGCCAACACACCAGGACAGGUAUGGAUGGUUUUCGAGGGGAAAUCCGUACAAGAUUCCAAAGCACUUCUGGUCGACUUUCUACCAGUGGCUGCCGGCAAACGUCAAAUUCACUACCGAGGGUGGCGUGCAGUUCACGAGCUACAUUAAUAACCUCCACCCGACCAAGUACCGCGACACGUACAAGGUCAUUGAGAAGCUCGUCGAAAAAGCGCUUCCAAUGUGGGACCAGUGUCUUUCCCAGGACCUUUACCGCGGCAAUAGACGUUCGGGCGCGGGGCGACAUGAGCCUCGAAUCGUCCCUGAAGACGCCGAUGACGAAAAUCCGAAUAACUGGGACCCGAAAUCGCCAAGGGAAAUGCUCAACAGAGAGGCAGCCGAGGAUGGGACGGGGCCUGGGACGGGCGAGAGAAGGACUCGGUCCAGUCUGCCCAGCCGCAGUCACAUCCCAGCGACGCAUGCUGCACAGGUUCGCUGGGAGAACACGCGCAAGCCCGCCCCACCGCAGCCACCUCCCUUCGCCAAGAGCUGUGUCAGUUAUGCCGUCAACCGAGCCCAGUCGCUGCGCAAGCAGUUCCAGGACACGGGACUCCAAAUCAUCGUCAAGAUGGCAUCCAUUGAGCUGACUCCCGAAAACCCCGAGUUUCCCCAAGGGGGGUGGCACGUCGAGGGCCAGAUGAACGAGCACAUCGUCGGCACUGUCCUCUACUAUCUCGACUCGGACAAUGUCACGGACAGCCACCUCGACUUUCGUGCCGCCGUACAGAUGAGCGACGGGACGUCGAUGAAUGUCGGCCAAGAUCGGUACCACUGGAUGGAGCACGUCUACGGGGUGCGACAUCUAAACGGCAGCCCGCGCCUCCAGAACUACGGCAGCGUCCUCACGCGCGAGGGCCGUCUUCUCGCCUUCCCCAACGUCUUCCAACACCGUGUGUCGGGCUUCAGGCUUGCGGACCCGAGCAAGCCCGGGCACCGCCGCUUCAUCGCGCUGUGGCUGGUCGACCCUCUCACCCGCAUCAUCAGCACGGCAAACGUGCCGCCCCAGCAAGCCGACUGGUGGUCCGGCAGCGUGUUUGGCGGAAAGCUUGACAACAAAAUGGACGACAGGUCGAUGCCGCUGUCCCCCGACAUCGCGCAGCUACUGCUCGAGCGCGGCCUCGGGCCCUCGGGCACCAAGACGGCGACUAGAACGCCGGUGGGCGCAAAGCUGCCGCCCGAGGUGCUCAACAUGGUCCGCCACGAGCUCGACCAGGACGCGCUGCCCAUGACCCGCAGCGAGGCCGAGCACCACCGCCUUAAGCUCAUGGCGGCGCGGUCAGCAUUCCAGGACGAGGCCAGGGACCAGUGGAACAAUGACACGUACAGCUUCUGCGAGCACUGA